AUGAAAGUCAAGUAUCAAGGAAGUGCUAGAGUGAAGCGCGCACAACUGCAGCGGCUUUGCAGAACAUUCAAAACUCUAGAAAUGAAACUGGGAGAAGGUGUGUCUGAGUACUUUACAAGAGUCAUGUCUACUGCCAAUGACAUGAGAAAUUGUGGAGAAAACAUGAACGAUAUCAAAAUUGUUGAAAAAAUACUUCGAAGUCUCACAGACAACUUCAACUUUGUGGUAUGCUCCAUCGAAGAGUCCAAGGACAUUGAUCAUCUCACAGUAGAUGAAUUGCAAGCAUCCUUGCUUGUACAUGAACAAAAGGUGAUUGAGAAGCGAAGUGAAGAGCAAGUUCUACAGGUGGAGAACGAGCAAAGGAAUAUACAAGCAAGAGAAAUAGGAGUCAACUAUACUGAGUUUGACGAAGAAGAACUCCUUCUAAUGGCACACACAAAAGUCAGUAAAGCUGAAGGAAAAGGUAUUUGGUUUCUCGACUCUAGGUGUUCAAACCAUAUGACAAGAGACAAAACUUGGUUUGUUGAGCUCGAAAAAAGCUUCAAGCACUCUAUCCGAUUGGGUAAUAGCUCAAGGAUGGCGGUUCAAGGAAAAGGCAGUGUCAGGGGUUUGAUAGUAGACACUCUAAUGACUAUAAAUCGCAUGUUCCGGGUCUAUGCAAAGAUGAAGCCACUGCCUGGUAGUUGCUUGAAGAUGGAAGAAGAAGACUUGGAGAAUCUCUAG